GCGCAUGGUAUAAACCCGUCAUCUGACGGAAGCUCUUUAAUCGGUUCUGCCUGCUCCUGCUCGAUGUAUAAAAAGUAUAUGUAAACAGUGCGCCGCAUAUUAAAAUCGCAAAAUUAAUAUGUUUCCGCGCAAUCCAAUCUGCUGCAGUGCGUCUUGUGAAGGACUAGCGAAAUUUCCUGCGUAAAGCCUUCAAAACGAACAUUUACACAGCGGCAUGAGUUGCCUUUGCGAGCCACAACAGGCUUCCGGGAGGAGGAACAGGCGGCGGCACAGCGGCAGCGCUGCUGAGGACGAUUUCGACAAGGUCAGCAUCGAGGCCAAUGCGGACGAUAGUGAGUCCAUAUCGUCCGAACCGGAUCCGGAUCUACAGACGACAGACAACAACGAACCGAAGGAAGCCGAACCGGCGGAGUUUAGUCAUCUGGGCGAGACGCGGCGGAAGAUACGUGAUGCCAUUGCGGCCCUGAACGAUGAUGAUGGUUUUGACAAGCGCAUGGCCCGACUGCUGACGCAGUUCGAGAGUGCCAUUCGGGAGGAGUUUGAGCGGGCGCAGCAUUCGCCCUCCCAGUGUCGACAGCUGGCGCACAUCAUAAUUGGGCUCACGGACAUCGUACACAGCAUGAUGCAGGGCCGGGCACUUCAGUUGGACGAGAACUACUGGCAACGCAUGUGUCAGAUUGUUGGAUACUACAUAUCCUGCGAGUUGUGCGCCGCCCAGGCGUCGGUCGAGGCUGACAAGUGCAUAAUUAAUCGGAUCAAUACCUGCCUCAAGUUGUAUGUGGAGCAUGGAGAAGGAGGUCCUGGCGUCCAUAAAGAGCACGUGCUGCGCACUCUCCUGGCAGCGCCCAAGCUGUUCAACAGAGCCAGUAUUCUGUCUGUGCUAUACAGCCGCCUCUUUCCCCACUGGUCGAUGCCUAGUAUAAUGAUCCAAGUCGAGCUGCCCGACAAGCUGUACAUCGAAUAUAUACUCAUUUUCUACUACUGGUACCGCCUAGAGCCGGACGAGGAUCUAAAGGAGCGCAUCGUGACAUUUGCUGAUAAAUUUAUGAGACCGUCGGAAUCUUUAACCACAAGGAGUAUGUAUGCCGCCUACCUGCCCAAGUUAACCGUCCAGAGUACGGCCACGCGAGCCAUAUUGAACUAUUUGCGGCAAAACAGUUGCACCAGUCUUCACAUUGCCAGCAGAAUGGAUAACCGACCGCCUCAAGCCAACGAAGUGGUGCUCAGUUCGGAUGAUGAGGAUAGUUGUCAGAUGUGGAAUGCCACCAUGGGAGAAAAAUCGCCUGUGACGAACCAUAAUCCACCUGCUUUCCUGCAGAACCUCUGCCGGAAUGCCCGCCAUUUGGAGCCAUGCAAGCGGGCCAAUGUUCUCUUUAGCGGCAUCGACAAUUCCGUCGAGAUUGUCGAUCUGCGCGAUUCCGACGACGAGAUGGAAAUGUUCUCCGUAAACUUCAAUGUGCCCGCCAGCGUGGAUGGCAUCAUGUCGAACUCCAACUCAAACUCGAAUGAUGCAGCACAUCAGACAUCGACAGCGAUCGUCGGCGAGGAUGACUCCGUGAACGUCACUCGCAUCUAUCCCAGCAACCUGCGCACCUACGAGCGGACAGUAGCUACGAUCCCGCCCACCGCCACCUAUACAGUACCGCGCAUUGUUAAUAGCUACAGCUGCCGCAGGGAUAGCCUCCAUUUGGUGUCCACUACAGCGCCGCAUCUUGUCGACCAAAGCGUACAAACGUUGGCUGACGAGCAGCCGGCGCAGGAUCUCGACCCAUACCGAAGCAUAUUCCCUCGGAGCAGGAGCAGCAGCGAUGCUGACAGCGGUCAGAGAACCCCGCUGUAUCACUGCCGUCAAUCUUCUAGUCAAAACCCCAGCAGCAACGCCAGCGAGACGUCGCUUCUGAAGAAACAGGUUACCUUCAGUGCCCAGCAUUUGGGUGCCACUUCACCAAGCGGUGCGCCUUCGUCAGCACGCGUCGCAUCAAAGAAGUCGUCGAUCAAGCGUCAGAGAAGGACAUCUAAGGCAGAACGCAUUGAGAUGAUCCGGCGGAAGGCGCGUAACGAGCACUUCCAGGCCAGCGAGAGAAUGUUUGCGAAGCUGGACGCUAAGAACCAUCAAACUAUUUGCGAUAACCAUUUAACGCCCACCACCAGCAACGCCUCUAGUGGAACGCCCACCCGGAUACAACCGGCCACAUCUAGCCAUAACAAGAAGGUUGGGUUGCCAACUCCGCCAGCUUCUACGCACAGUUCCAGUAGUCCGUGCCAUGUUCAAAGCGUAUCCACCACGACAACGCGAAAGCAGAAAUCCAAGUGGCCACCGGACGGCCAAGUAAAGUUCUACAAUGAGCUGCUGAGCCAGCAGCGCGAGAAGAUUCAACAACGACGAUUGAUGAUAAAGCAAGAGAAAAUAAUGCGAAUCGACAAUCAUGUGGUGAAGGAGAAGCGCAAGCUGAACAAGAAGGCCAGGAAGCGACAGCGUAAAUUACUCCGUGAAGAACAGGCGUUGAAGGCGGUUCAGCCGACACCCAAGACCAAGGAAUCCGCGAAGAAAAAGGGCAGGUAUCCCAUUGUAAGACUGAAACGUAUAAAUCUCAAGAGCCACGAAUCAGAGGGUGAUCCCAAUGAUCGAGGGCAGUCACCACAACAGCCUCAGCAGACAGACCAACAGGAGGUGGCCGAGGAGUAUCAUGAUCUGCACGAGCAACAGCAAAUCGAUGAACAACAGCCAGUGGAGAAUGAUCAGAAUCAGGAUACCCUGACGGAAAAUGUGGAGGAAGAGCAGCUGCUGCACGAGGACAAUCAGCAGGAGCUGGAGGUGCAACGUCCGGCUGCAGAGGAGGAGCAACUGCUGCAGCAUUUGCUCGAGGAGCUGGAAGAGCAGCUGCAGAAGCAUCAGGAGGAUCUUCACCAGGCAAAUGGAGAGACACAAUCCCCAUCUGAAGGCGAAAAGCCAAAGCUGGACACAAAGCCAAAGCGAAGGCGGCGAAGGAAAACGAAGAAAAAUCUCUGGACACAUGUCAAGAAUAAAAUGAAGAAAAGCUACCUGCAGUCUGCUUGUCCAAAUAUAGAUUCAGAAGCGGAUGAUGUGACCAAAGCAGUUAUUAUAGCUUCUAUAGAGCCUGAUCCAGCGCCAGAUGAAGAACUAACAGCAGAACCGGAUCCAGACCCGGUGCCCGUGCCCGUGCCCGUCCCCGACACUGUUCCUGUUGUCGAACAAACAACAACAGCAACAGAUCCUGCCGCCUACGAGUUUGAUCAGGAGUUGGUGCCCGAGGUAGGCAAUGAACUGGAGAUUAUUGCAGCUCCAAUGCUUGAACCGGAGGACGGAGAGGACACCGGCGCCCUGCUCUCGCCCACGCACAACCUCGAGCUGGUGACCAGCCGUGUUCCGGUAUAUUUGCUCAACGGUGAGAGUCGCGAUGUUAGCACUCCGCUCUCCAGCAGCCAGUUUAGUAGUGCCAGCGGUUCAGAGCCAUAAAAGUAUUUCUUUUUCGUUUGCAAUACACACGACUCGGAUAAGAGUCUACACGCGUACCAAAAUCCCUGGCAUUAAGCAAUGUCAAUUUAACAAAAAAUACAAAUUUGAUUGUAAUAUUCUUUAGUGCGAGUAAAAUAUAUAAUCUAAGAAGCAACUGUUU